AUGGCCGUCUCCAUCGCAGACAGUUCCUGUAGCCCGAACCGGUCCGUGGGAUUGUUGCUGGACCCGGAUCACACUGAACCACCGCGUCCCAAACAGAGCAUGUGGCAUCGCUUGGGCCUGCGCAGAUGGCUGGGCCGUGAUGAUCGCGAUUUUUCCUCCCAGCCGCCUGCCGGCUCUGCCCCUUCGCCCAACAGCCAGCAACCAUCGUCGCGACGACGCAAUCCUCACAAUCCUCACAAUCCUCCCAGCCCUCACGCCACCUCCGUUGCUUCCAGCAAUCCCUCCAACGCCAAUCCCCCUCCUCCUCCUCCGCCUCCCCCCAAACCGCACGAUACGCUCACCCGUCGACUGUCGCGCAAGGUGGGAGUCGGACUGCCUCGAGCCACCACCUUCAAGAGGCAGAACUCCGAGCGUCGAGACAAUCUAGCGCCCCUCAAUCCCGAGCCCCGUCGUGCUGUGUCCGCCGACCGCCGGCGCCCGCUUAGUUCCCACUCUCAUCAGAGGAGCAGGUCCCGGUCUCCACAGCCCGCCGUGGACCCCAGAUUAUCCGCUCCCGAGGUGGCCUGGCGUGGCGACCACGCGGACGAGACCACGGUUGAGGAACUCCCCGAGACGAAUGAGGACCCCGAUCUCCGUUCGGAAUGGAACCCUUGCCCCGACGUGACGGAUGUUCCCGAAGAGCCACCCGACGAGAUCAUCGAGAUGGAGCUGGAGAAGCGGUGGAUUCUGAACCUGAGCAUGCACUUCCGCGACCGCUCCGAGCGUGAAAAAUUCUUCGUCACCUACGCCGAAGCCCCCAACCGAUGGCGCCGCGUCACCAUCUCCUGCGACUACCGCGGCGCCCCUCCCGAUUCCCUCGAGCAGGACUUGAAGGAAUUGCGCUACCAGCGGGACAAAUGUGCCCGCAUCUACGAGUCCAUCCGCGAGUCGCUGCCCGAGAUCCAGUUCUACGACACCGUCACCAACCUGAAGCUGGAGACCCGCGACGGCCGACUCCACGUGCACGUCACCGAGGACGUCAACGAGAUCAUCCCCUACCCGCCGGCCUCGUGUAUCGGCCACUUACCGGAGGCUCGACGCGUGCCCGAGCAGCGGCUGCAUUUCGACGCGCAUCUGUCCGGCUUUGUCUACAACGUGCGCCUGGAUGGCAGGUCGUUCAUCAAGAAGGAGAUUCCCGGUCCGGACACGGUGGACGAAUUCCUCUACGAGAUUAACGCGCUUCACGCAUUGCAGGGCACCCCGAACGUCGUGCAGGUGGAAGGAGUCGUGGUCGACGAAUACGAAGAGGUGGUCAAGGGCUUGCUCAUCAGUUUCGCCGAGAAAGGGGCUCUGGUCGAUAUUUUGUACGAAAACCGCGGCUUGAUCGCAUGGGAACGACGCGAGCGCUGGGCCAGGCAGAUCGUACAAGGCCUGUGUGAGAUUCACGAGGCCGGUUACGUCCAGGGCGACUUCACGUUGUCGAACAUCGUGGUGGACGGCAACGACGACGCCAAAAUUAUCGACAUCAACCGCCGGGGGUGUCCGGUGGGAUGGGAGCCCCCGGAGAUUGCCGCGAAGAUCGAAAGCAACCAGCGCAUCUCGAUGUACAUCGGGGUCAAGACGGAUAUCUUUCAAUUAGGCAUGACCUUGUGGGCUUUGGCAAUGGAGGAGGACGAACCCGAGCGCCAGCCCCGACCCUUGGUCCUGGACGAGGACCGACUCAUCCCCGAUUACUACCGACGACUGGUGUCCAUCUGUUUGAGCCCGACGCCCCGUCAUCGCCUCUCGGCCAAGGAACUUUUGAACUUCUUUCCCCGCGACUCAGGGAUGAGCAUCGACCCGCCGGCUCCCAUGAUGCAGCCCCGACAUAUGGGAGUUGGCUUCGGGCUGCACAACGGUGCUUUCCCGUGGUACAACCCUCGCGCCAUGACGACUCCUUCGGCGUUCUUGCAGCCCCGACCGGCCCCCAACGACUCCAUGGAGCCCCGAGCACUUUCAGGCGGUGGAUAUGGAUACACCCCGCAAACCGACGAAGAUGUCCAUGCACUCAGGCCCCUGGCCCCCGAGGAUUACCACUACCGGUCCGAUCUUGUUUCGGACGAUAAUGACAUCGACCUUGAUGUCCAAAUGAAUUCGCUCUACCGCAGACCCUCCGUGGAUCAAUCGGCAGACCUUUUACCAUUCCCUGUCGACCCUUUGUCUCAAGAACUGGCCGGCGUUGGCAGCCACCCGACAUGCUCCCUGGGACCCGGUUCAACGAAUCAAUUGAAAUGCGACGAGUCGCCGCCUUUGUCGUCUGCGGCAACCCAUUCGACCGAUCCAUACUCUGCGUCUGGACCAGACUUCAGCCAUGCAUUGAUUCGGGACCAAGACUGGGCGGGCCCAUCGCGUUCAGUAUCUUCCCUGUUGCAUUCGAUGCUCCCGAUCAACCCUGCCUUUAGUAAAUCGGAGCAAAAAUUGCUGGAAACUCAUGCGGAUCGAUUCUCCCCAUUGACCGUCCGAUCUGCCUUGGGAUACUCUCGACAAAUACUCCAAGAACAUACCUCGAACCUCAGCGACUCGCAUCUCCCGAUCAACCCAGCCUUCACCGCAUCCGUAUGA